AUGACGACGGGAGCCUUGCACCUACAUAUUGACUAUUUUGUCUUGGCAUUUGACAAACUGAUUGAUGUUGUGAAAAUGUUGAGGAAAAGAAACUUUGUGAGCCUAACGGUCUCUGAAGAUGCCUGUUUUGAAUCAGUUUAUGAUGGUUUGGACUUUCCGGGAAAUGACAUCCAUCAGUCUGUGGUGGAGAAUGAAGAGAGUUGUCAACGAAAAUGUACAGAGGAACCUGACUGCCAGUUUUUCACCUUUGUAAAAGAAGAAUUUCACAAUGAACCACAGCGCUUGAUUUGCUACCGCAAGAAAAGUGAAAGAGGGACUCCAGCAAGAAUAACAAUUCUUCAGAAUGUGGUAUCUGGAUUUUCUUUAAGGAGAUGUGAAGGAUGUGUACGUGAGCUGCUAUCUGACGUAGAUUUUCCUGGAAAUGACAUUGAAUCGGUCCUUGCACCAGACGUCCACUACUGUCAAAAAGUGUGCACUGAGGACAGCAGGUGUCAGUUUUUCACUUUUUUAACAAGUGGUUGGAACACUGACAAUCAAAGGUUUUAUUGUUAUUUGAAGAGGACGACAACAGGGCAGCCAAGUGUGAAAUCUAAUUUACAAAACGUUGUCUCAGGAUAUUCUCUGAGAGAUUGCGGGACACAAUCCUCCUGUUUUGAAACAGUUUAUGAUGGUUUGGACUUUCCGGGAAAUGACAUCCAUCAGUCUGUGGUGGAGAAUGAAGAGAGUUGUCAACGAAAAUGUACAGAGGAACCUGACUGCCAGUUUUUCACCUUUGUAAAAGAAGAAUUUCACAAUGAACCACAGCGCUUGAUUUGCUACCGCAAGAAAAGUGAAAGAGGGACUCCAGCAAGAAUAACAAUUCUUCAGAAUGUGGUAUCUGGAUUUUCUUUAAGGAGAUGUGAAGGAUGUGUACGUGAGCUGCUAUCUGACGUAGAUUUUCCUGGAAAUGACAUUGAAUCGGUCCUUGCACCAGACGUCCACUACUGUCAAAAAGUGUGCACUGAGGACAGCAGGUGUCAGUUUUUCACUUUUUUAACAAGUGGUUGGAACACUGACAAUCAAAGGUUUUAUUGUUAUUUGAAGAGGACGACAACAGGGCAGCCAAGUGUGAAAUCUAAUUUACAAAACGUUGUCUCAGGAUAUUCUCUGAGAGAUUGCGGGACACAAUCCUCCUGUUUUGAAACAGUUUAUGAUGGUUUGGACUUUCCGGGAAAUGACAUCCAUCAGUCUGUGGUGGAGAAUGAAGAGAGUUGUCAACGAAAAUGUACAGAGGAACCUGACUGCCAGUUUUUCACCUUUGUAAAAGAAGAAUUUCACAAUGAACCACAGCGCUUGAUUUGCUACCGCAAGAAAAGUGAAAGAGGGACUCCAGCAAGAAUAACAAUUCUUCAGAAUGUGGUAUCUGGAUUUUCUUUAAGGAGAUGUGAAGGAUGUGUACGUGAGCUGCUAUCUGACGUAGAUUUUCCUGGAAAUGACAUUGAAUCGGUCCUUGCACCAGACGUCCACUACUGUCAAAAAGUGUGCACUGAGGACAGCAGGUGUCAGUUUUUCACUUUUUUAACAAGUGGUUGGAACACUGACAAUCAAAGGUUUUAUUGUUAUUUGAAGAGGACGACAACAGGGCAGCCAAGUGUGAAAUCUAAUUUACAAAACGUUGUCUCAGGAUAUUCUCUGAGAGAUUGCGGGACACAAUCCUCCUGUUUUGAAACAGUUUAUGAUGGUUUGGACUUUCCGGGAAAUGACAUCCAUCAGUCUGUGGUGGAGAAUGAAGAGAGUUGUCAACGAAAAUGUACAGAGGAACCUGACUGCCAGUUUUUCACCUUUGUAAAAGAAGAAUUUCACAAUGAACCACAGCGCUUGAUUUGCUACCGCAAGAAAAGUGAAAGAGGGACUCCAGCAAGAAUAACAAUUCUUCAGAAUGUGGUAUCUGGAUUUUCUUUAAGGAGAUGUGAAGGAUGUGUACGUGAGCUGCUAUCUGACGUAGAUUUUCCUGGAAAUGACAUUGAAUCGGUCCUUGCACCAGACGUCCACUACUGUCAAAAAGUGUGCACUGAGGACAGCAGGUGUCAGUUUUUCACUUUUUUAACAAGUGGUUGGAACACUGACAAUCAAAGGUUUUAUUGUUAUUUGAAGAGGACGACAACAGGGCAGCCAAGUGUGAAAUCUAAUUUACAAAACGUUGUCUCAGGAUAUUCUCUGAGAGAUUGCGGGACACAAUCCUCCUGUUUUGAAACAGUUUAUGAUGGUUUGGACUUUCCGGGAAAUGACAUCCAUCAGUCUGUGGUGGAGAAUGAAGAGAGUUGUCAACGAAAAUGUACAGAGGAACCUGACUGCCAGUUUUUCACCUUUGUAAAAGAAGAAUUUCACAAUGAACCACAGCGCUUGAUUUGCUACCGCAAGAAAAGUGAAAGAGGGACUCCAGCAAGAAUAACAAUUCUUCAGAAUGUGGUAUCUGGAUUUUCUUUAAGGAGAUGUGAAGGAUGUGUACGUGAGCUGCUAUCUGACGUAGAUUUUCCUGGAAAUGACAUUGAAUCGGUCCUUGCACCAGACGUCCACUACUGUCAAAAAGUGUGCACUGAGGACAGCAGGUGUCAGUUUUUCACUUUUUUAACAAGUGGUUGGAACACUGACAAUCAAAGGUUUUAUUGUUAUUUGAAGAGGACGACAACAGGGCAGCCAAGUGUGAAAUCUAAUUUACAAAACGUUGUCUCAGGAUAUUCUCUGAGAGAUUGCGGGACACAAUCCUCCUGUUUUGAAACAGUUUAUGAUGGUUUGGACUUUCCGGGAAAUGACAUCCAUCAGUCUGUGGUGGAGAAUGAAGAGAGUUGUCAACGAAAAUGUACAGAGGAACCUGACUGCCAGUUUUUCACCUUUAUAAAAGAAGAAUUUCACAAUGAACCACAGCGCUUGAUUUGCUACCGCAAGAAAAGUGAAAGAGGGACUCCAGCAAGAAUAACAAUUCUUCAGAAUGUGGUAUCUGGAUUUUCUUUAAGGAGAUGUGAAGGAUGUGUACGUGAGCUGCUAUCUGACGUAGAUUUUCCUGGAAAUGACAUUGAAUCGGUCCUUGCACCAGACGUCCACUACUGUCAAAAAGUGUGCACUGAGGACAGCAGGUGUCAGUUUUUCACUUUUUUAACAAGUGGUUGGAACACUGACAAUCAAAGGUUUUAUUGUUAUUUGAAGAGGACGACAACAGGGCAGCCAAGUGUGAAAUCUAAUUUACAAAACGUUGUCUCAGGAUAUUCUCUGAGAGAUUGCGGGACACAAUCCUCCUGUUUUGAAACAGUUUAUGAUGGUUUGGACUUUCCGGGAAAUGACAUCCAUCAGUCUGUGGUGGAGAAUGAAGAGAGUUGUCAACGAAAAUGUACAGAGGAACCUGACUGCCAGUUUUUCACCUUUGUAAAAGAAGAAUUUCACAAUGAACCACAGCGCUUGAUUUGCUACCGCAAGAAAAGUGAAAGAGGGACUCCAGCAAGAAUAACAAUUCUUCAGAAUGUGGUAUCUGGAUUUUCUUUAAGGAGAUGUGAAGGAUGUGUACGUGAGCUGCUAUCUGACGUAGAUUUUCCUGGAAAUGACAUUGAAUCGGUCCUUGCACCAGACGUCCACUACUGUCAAAAAGUGUGCACUGAGGACAGCAGGUGUCAGUUUUUCACUUUUUUAACAAGUGGUUGGAACACUGACAAUCAAAGGUUUUAUUGUUAUUUGAAGAGGACGACAACAGGGCAGCCAAGUGUGAAAUCUAAUUUACAAAACGUUGUCUCAGGAUAUUCUCUGAGAGAUUGCGGGACACAAUCCUCCUGUUUUGAAACAGUUUAUGAUGGUUUGGACUUUCCGGGAAAUGACAUCCAUCAGUCUGUGGUGGAGAAUGAAGAGAGUUGUCAACGAAAAUGUACAGAGGAACCUGACUGCCAGUUUUUCACCUUUAUAAAAGAAGAAUUUCACAAUGAACCACAGCGCUUGAUUUGCUACCGCAAGAAAAGUGAAAGAGGGACUCCAGCAAGAAUAACAAUUCUUCAGAAUGUGGUAUCUGGAUUUUCUUUAAGGAGAUGUGAAGGAUGUGUACGUGAGCUGCUAUCUGACGUAGAUUUUCCUGGAAAUGACAUUGAAUCGGUCCUUGCACCAGACGUCCACUACUGUCAAAAAGUGUGCACUGAGGACAGCAGGUGUCAGUUUUUCACUUUUUUGACAAGUGGUUGGAACACUGACAAUCAAAGGUUUUAUUGUUAUUUGAAGAGGACAACAACAGGGCAGCCAAGUGUGAAAUCUAAUUUACAAAACGUUGUCUCAGGAUAUUCUCUGAGAGAUUGCGGGACACAAUCCUCCUGUUUUGAAAUAGUUUAUGACGGUUUGGACUUUCCCGGAAAUGACAUCCAUCAGUCUGUAGUCGAGAAUGAAGAGAGUUGUCAAAGAAAAUGUACAGAGGAACCUGACUGCCAGUUUUUCACCUUUGUAAAAGGAGAAUUUCACAAUGAACCACAGCGUUAUCUUUGCUACCGCAAGAAAAGUGUAAGGGGAACUCCUCCAAGAAUAAGUAUUCUUCAGAAUGUCAUCUCUGGAUUUUCUCUCAGGGAAUGUGGAGUCAAUAACUCAGAGUAAAGAUUUGAUAAAUUAUUGGCAACUCACAUUUUCACCGGUGGACAAGUUAACAGCCAAUCACGUUGCGCUAUAUUUGUAUCUGCUUAGAAAUUACCAUGAAGAUUAAACUCACCAACAAUUGUCUCUCGCUAAUGAGGGAGCAGAACUAUGGUCUUCGGGGACUAUUAGCAACUUUACUUUAACAUUUGUAUACAAUUGAUUCUGAUGUGCACUUUUUUGAUGCUUUCUUUGCCAGGUUUAAUCAUAAAGCAAUAAAGACAUUAUGUUAAGUA